AUGAAGUGGUCGGAGGUGAUUCUGACCAUUCAGCACUUUCUUGUCUCGUUAGUGUACUUAUCCGGCUUCAUCUACUGGGAGUUCGUUGGCGACGCGGUAGAAGAUGAUUUGCUCUUCAACUUCUUCAGCAAUCUCAUAUGGGCUUUUAUCGUUGGAUUGAAUCCAUUCAUCUACAUCUCAGUGAACAGAGUGAGUACAGCUGACGUAGCUUGCUGUACCGCUGAAGUAGGCAUGCCCAUCACUGGAGAAACUGGAGAAACAUGCAAAUGUUGCAAUAGACAUAAACCGUAA